GCUCGAUCUCAUAUCUCUCAGUGUCAAUCUCUCUGUGUAUUCUCUGACCUUUCUUCUGAAACGUUAGUUAAGAAGAAGAUGGGGAGCAGUUAUUUUGGGGAGCCAAACAUGGGAAACGAGAGAGGAGGAGGAUCGUCUUCUAGUUCAUCAAGGAAGGGGAAGAAGGGUAACUCGGACAAGCCGAAGCAACCGCAGAGAGGGCUCGGAGUUGCUCAAUUAGAGAAGAUCAGAUUACAUGGCCAAAUGGGAUACAUGAAUCCUUACCCUACUAAUAAUUUCAUCACUAACCAGCAGGUGGAGGAUACCAGAGUGCAAGCAGCAACUUAUUCAUCGUCUUUCGCUACUUCGCAGUCCUCUUCAUCUCCCUCAGUCUCAUAUGGCUUCCAACCCAACACCAUGAUGGGACUUGGUGAAUAUGAUCAAAGAGCAAACAUGAAAUAUGGUGAUUCUUCUCAUCUAAAUAGUACAACACCAAGCAGAUGGGAAGCCAGCAAUGCCAUGUUAGAGCCGACACAACAGUUCGUGCAACCAAGGAUCACUACUAGACACCUCCUAAAUCCACCUGCAUUAGUACUGGAGGAUUUUCAUCCGAAGAAGAUCAAAAAACACAGAAGUAAUUUGAUGGGCUCAAGCAGCCAGAAUUCUGAAUCAAGCGAAUCUCAAGAAGUAGAUUUGGAACUCAGACUCUCACUUUGAUUAGUGUAAGAUCGAUCAUUUCUUGCCACUCAAAUUCUGCAAAUUCAUAUUGAAAAUGGGGCUAGCUUGAAGUUGAGCAAGGGAAGAUAAACAUCAAAUUCAUUUUCAUACUCAUGUGGAAGAGCUCAUCUGCUCAUGUAAUUCAAAAUGCAAAGGUUAUGAUGAGAAUGAAUUUUUCGC